CAGUUUAAAAGAAUCGAUUUUUUGUAUAAACUUAAAACAUGUAAACACACUUCUUAAAUAUAAGUUCAUAAAGUGCAGAGUGUUAAAAUUAAUAGAUUGCAGAAUGAACUGCAAUCAUUUCAUUGAAGUUCCCCUGCGUUCUAGCGGAGGAAAGAAAAUGAAGAAACGGAAAGAACUCGACGCACUUAUAGCACACUCCCUCACAAAGAGGGGCUACCACCGCACCGUAAACUCACAGGAUAAGUUACUGUCAGUAUCCACCGAUGACCCUGAUGACUUAGCAUGGAUGAGCGCUCCCGAUAUCCGUCGAAAUCAUAAGAGGCAAAUCUAUAUCCGUAAGUGCGGGCCAGUUCUUUUCGGGAUAAUUAUCGUUUUUGUUCUGGCUCUUUUAUACUGGGCGUACUUUGAUUUACGUAAACAGAUUUCCGAUUAUCAACAAAAGUUUGAAGAAGUCUCUGCAGUGAGUAAAGUUUUUCCGGAUACUCUUCAACAUUGGCAUGAAACCACAGCAUCGUUUAUAAAAAAUCAAUCUUUGGUUGUAUACCAAUUAAAUGACUUAACUCAAAAUGUAGAGCUUUUGGGAAGUAAUUUAAGCAGCCUGCAAGCAACAGUAAAUUCACAAAGAAUUUACGGUCAAGAUGAGAAGAUAGUCGCUGACUUUGGGGCUAAAUUAGAGGCAGUUGUUGCUGAUAUAGAUGUAAUGAAGGAACAUUACAAAAGGGUCGUCGAAGUGCAGAAAAGCUUUGAGUUUGAUAUGGAUAAUUUAAAGGCCAAUAUAAGUCGAUUGUCCACCGUUCAAAAUUGUUCUUCACCAACAAAUUAUACAAAGGAUGUUAAAUUGAUUGAAAAAACGUUGGAAAAUGAUUUAAAAAAUGUGGAUGACAAAAUUAUGUAUGUUAACAACACUCUACGGCAGACAAUAAAAAUUCUACAUGAAGAGAUAAUGGCCCACAAAAUAAAGUUGGAGGACUUAUUAGACCGCUUUCAAAACAUAUCAACCCAUGUUACCACAUUAAGCAAUAAUUGGUGGCAAUUUAAGCAAAAAAAUGUCAAUGCGGAUGAACAGUUGAGCAAAUUGAAUGAAAAGGAGCCUCCACAGCAUAAUUCGGAGCCACUGUAACAAUUGCACCAAUAUUAACUACAACAGCAAAGGCAACGCUGACAGCUGCAGACCAAGCAAACCGACACCAGACGUCCCGACAUUUCCACCAACGGCAUCGCCUACGGAAAAAUUAUGUAGGGCAUUCACAGCAGCAGCUACGAAUACAGUACCUGAAUAUGCAAAAAACCUUCUUUUGUUACGCGGAUGACACCAUCCUUACCAAAGCAGGCACAUAGAAGUAGGGUGCUACACUUACACACAAGGUUUUGGAUCGUUAUUGGUAUUGGGCCAAUCCAUCUGCAUUAACAGCGAAAAGACUCAGCAUUUCAUGCUAGCGCUCAAGCAAACAAAUUGUAAAGAUAUCUAGCUCAACAACGUGGCCAUGCUUAAAGAGAACCAUAUUCGCUACGGACAACUGGACGAAUUACUUGACUUAAAUACAGCGUUGUAUUGGCACCAGCGUAUACGAUAGAAAAAAUACAACUGUAUUGAAAUGUAACUGGUCAAAAUAUAUUGUAAACUAUGUAAAUAAUUUGUAGAUUUAGCUCUCUGACACUUAAGCCACACAGACUCCAACAGAUCUGGCACCAUUGUAGUAAAAUA